UUUUCAGAUUUUGAAACAGAAGUUUCUUCUUAGGAAUUUCUGUUUCUACUCUCUGCGCUGUGCUAGUACGCCCUACCAAGCAAAGGUUUGGCGUACGUACACACACUGAUUUGUGAUUCGUUUCACUACGAAACUCUAUACUGCUCCUGAUAUGAGCGUGGUCGAAGGGGUUUACGCUAACCAUGCACUACUGACAAUCAUAAAUGAUUUGGUGGGUAAGGAAGUGUUGGUUGAAGCGGUUGACGGGGCAAAGUAUUCGGGCAUAUUUUGUGCAUGUUCCCCAGAGUUCGACAUUGGACUACGGCAUGCAUAUAAAAUAACCACGGGUAACAGUGAGAAUCUGCUGCCAAAACGGGAGGAUAUGACUGCAAAAAUGUUAUUCAAGUUCAGUGAUAUUGUUGCCAUGUCUGCACUUAUGAACGAGGAGAAGGUCAUUAGAGGAUUUGCAACCGAUCGAGACUACCACACAAAGCAGCAGAAUGGAAGACUUGACGGCGAAGAGCAUGAACUUCAAGAAUGGAGCGCCGACGAAGACGGAGAAGAGAUUGAGCCGCUAGAUCAAAUGCCAGAUCAACGUCAGCGAUAUCAACGAAAUAACGGAUGGAAUGUUGAAGAGAUGUUUAGCACAAAUUCACAAAUGGGAGUACAGUCGACAUAUGAAGAGGAUUUGCGUCAGUAUACAACUGCCCCAGUAGAAGGUAGUGAAGAAGAUCGCCGUCGAGCUGAUCAGAUUGCAAGAGAAAUUGAGAAUAGCCAGCAGAGCAAGUUUGCCGCUCGCUUAGAAAAUGAUGAUGAUGAGCGCGAUCUCGAUAAAGCGACUACUGAGGACGAUUUUGAGCUUCAGAGCAAGCGCGGUGGUGGAGCAGGAGGACGCGGUAACUUUACUAAUCGCAAUCAACGUAAUGGUGCAAAUGGGCCGCCGUUAGGGAAUCGUCGUGCUGACGCGCUCAAAGGCGGACAAGAUCGGAGAGGAGGUGGUACUCCAGGCAGAUAUCCGACUCAGCAGCAUAAUGCCAACACACCACAAAAUAGGGGAAUGCCAGGCAACAAAUAUGAACAGAGACCACGUCCUACUGGUCAAGAACUGCAAGACGGUUUCAAUGAAUUCUCUUUGAAAGAAGGUAACUCUCGCAGAGAUCCAUCCCAAGGACAAACCACUAGAACAUAUGAAAAUAAGAAUCAGAGUCAGUCGAACAAAAUUUUACUUGAACCACGAUCGAGUGCUUCACCUCGAGGUGCCCCAACGGAUCCGAAAUCCCAACCUGGUGCAGCCGCUAGACGUGCAGAUGGUUUGCGUGGAUGGAAUCAAGAAUUCAACAAUAACUACCGCCCAGAGGGCAAAGUGGACACUCCUCGAGAAUCUCCGGCACGACCCGUGCUAGCCGCACCUUCCGGUAACGCAUGGGCGCGUGGUCCGCCGACAAGUGUCACAAAUGCACAUAAUUCUUCACAAAGAGCCACGCCCACACCAGCAUCACCCCCUCAUGCCGUGGAAACCAGUCCACAGGACCCCAUGCCAAGUUCUACCAAUGAUCAGCAGGUUGAAGCCGCGGCAACCACCUCAUCUCCUCGUACCGAUGGCAGUUCUCCGGCUACUGCAUCAGCGCCAGCGCCAAGCACACAAACGACCUCACACGAAGCCACACCAGAUUCGACAGCGACAAGUGCGACUACCGAGAAAGAAGAGGGAACAAAGAAAUUCACCUUCAACGUCAAUGCACCUGCCUUCAAACCACGUAGUGCUCAAACACAAAUUCAAGCUCAACAAGUUGGUCCCCCUCCGGGUGGACCACCACAGGCCAUGAUGGGCGCAGUCCCUAUGGUGCCUGCAGGAGUACCCAUUCAGACUGCCAUGCCACCCCCUGGAAUGCUUCCUACGAUGCAAACUGGUCAGCCCCCAGUGUUAGUCCAGUGGCAAGGAGCUCCUGGACAGCAAGCAACGUAUCAGAUGCCUGGUUAUCAAUAUGUGGUCACUGGCGGACAGCCCGUAAGUAUGAUGCCCAGUCAACCAAUGACAAUGGGCGGGCCGCGACCGGGUGGCCCUCCAGCAGUUGCAUUUCAGGGGAGUCGACGGCAAGUCAUGGUUCCUCAUACAGCAGCUCAAUGGCAACCUCAUGUGAUGCAAGUUGGCCAGGGCAUGACGUACCUUCAGGUCCCGUACGCCUACCAGUCGUUCUCCGUACAAGCCGGUGCAUCCGGCGGUGGAAGUGCUGGUGUCGUACCGCCACCACCACCCCAAGGUGGCUUUGCUGGUCCACAAGCUCCACCUCCGCAAAUGAUGCCCGGCACUCCACAAGCGGGUGCGCCGCCACCGGGUAUCUAUCCACAACGAUUUGUUCCCGCCCAGGGUUAUGUACUGCCGCAAGCAGGAGUUCAAGGACAAACUCGGUUUCCGACGCCGCAGCAAACGCCGCAUCAGGGGAUGGAGGCAGCACAUUUCCAAAGUCAAGGAGCUCCCGGCUCAGCUGCAGCUUCCACUGGACCGAAUAGCCAACCUCCCACUCCGGGCCCAUCACCGGCGCAGGGUCGCGGUGGCUCUCCUGGCGGUCAACAAGCUAUGCAACAGUCCGUUGGUCCACCGCCACCACAACAGUUCAUGGCACCAGCCUCUGCGGCUCCACCUCCACAUUUCUAUGCAGCACAACCGGUGUAUGGUAUGUACUCUGCGCCUACUGGUCAAGGAAUGGUAGUAUACGGUGGCCCAGGCGGUGUGCCGAUGACCAUGCCACCCACACAUCAUGACCCUACUAUGAUGCAACAACCGCAUCCGCAACAAACACAGCAACAACAACAAGCUGGUGGUGUACCACCGCCGCCACAUCAACAGUACACCAUGCCACAUGAGGGUUAUGGUAGUUUUGUGCAAGCCGCUCCCUUCUAUCAACAACCACCGCCGAAUCAGAUGUCUAGACAAAAUUCAGCACCACAAUCUAUGUAUCAACAGCAAGGGCCCGGCGGUCCCCCACCGCAACAACAGCAGCAAGCACCUCCCAAUCCGCCUUCGACCGCGCCUCCCCAGCAGCAGUAA